GGGGAUUUGGGGGGCACAAGCACUACACAUGGGUACAUACAAUACAUGAAGAAGAAGAAGAAUGGAAUGGGCGCUGCCGCUGACCGUGGCCGGCUUCUCGCUCUUGCUCACCACGACAAAUUAAACCCAACCAAGCCAAGCGAAGCGCAGAGAAGAUUCAAACCAUCCAUCCUUCUUCUUCUUGGAAGCAGCCUUCCUAGGCUUGUUCCUCCUCUCCCCUCUUCCUUCCUUCCUGUAGUAAUUAAGCAAACCGAAUUCCAUCAGCGCUGGCUCGUUGGCGAUCUGAAUCCUCCUCCUCCUCCUUGUCACCUCCUUCCGAUUCAGGGGCAGGGGCAGAUGCAGAUGCAGCAGCGGCGGAAGCCACCGCCUGCGGCGGCGCCGGUGGCCGCCAAGCAGCCUUCCCCGCGCAGGACGCCCGGGCCUCUCUCCUUCGCCGGCGCCCUGCUCUCCCUCCUCGUCGUCGCCACCUUCCUCUACAUCAACGACCACGGCAACAUGAUGCCACCCCACGCGUCCCCCGACCCCGACCUCCGCCUCCUGCAGGAGGCCGCGCACCAAAAGGUCAACUCCAUCCUCCUCUCCCGCCACGCCCCUGCCCCUCCCCCGCGCACCAACACCAACACGUCUUCAUCCGACCAACACCUCCGCCUCAUCAACAUCCCCAUGUCCUCCGACUUGGACUUGGAGUUGGGGGGUAACAGCACAAGCAGCAGCGGCGUGGAGAUUCAAUUUGAGCAGCAGCAGCAGCAGGAGGAGAAGAAUCUGAGAGGGUGCGAGCUAUACAAGGGGCGGUGGGUGUACGACGCGGCGGGGAGGGAGGCGCCGCUGUACAGGGAGUCGGAGUGCGGGUUCCUGACGGAGCAGGUGACGUGCAUGCGCAACGGCCGGCGGGACGACUCGUACCAGCGGUGGCGGUGGCAGCCGGAGGGGUGCGACCUCCCAAGCUUCGACGCCAGGGCGCUGCUGGAGCGGCUGCGGAACAAGCGGAUGAUGUUCGUCGGUGACUCGCUCAACCGCAACCAGUGGGAGUCCAUGGUAUGCCUCGUCCAGUCAGCAAUUCCCUAUGGCCAAAAGACGCUCACCAAGUUCGUCAACAACGGAUCGCUCAACGUCUUCCGAGCGCACGAGUACAACGCGACGGUGGAGUUCUACUGGGCGCCGUUCCUGGUACAGUCCAACUCGGACGACCCGCAGGUGCACAGCGUACGUGACAGGGUCAUCGCGUGGCGCUCCAUCGCAAAGCACGCCGCCAACUGGAAGGGCGUCCACUACCUCGUCUUCAAUACCUACAUCUGGUGGCUCAACAACUUCCAGAUCAAAGUGCUGAAAAGCAGAGGUGCUCCGUUUGCGGGCAGCGGGGGGUGGAGCAGCCGGUACGCGCUGGUAGACCGAGCGAUCGCCUACAGGGAGGUGCUAAAGACGUGGGCCAAGUGGGUGGACAGGCGUAUCGACCCCAACAAAACCCAUGUCUUCUUCAUGGCCAUGUCUCCCAACCACUUCAUGCCGGAGGCUUGGGGGGGAUCGGCGGGGGCGGUGAAGUGCGCGAUGGAGACGCAGCCGAUCGUGAACCGGACAUCAGGGGGGCUGGACAUCGGGACGGACUGGAGGCUGCACGGGGUGGCGCGCGGUGUGCUGCGGUCGAUGCGGCGGGUGGGCGUGCGAUUCGUGGACAUCACGGCGCUGUCGGAGCUUCGCAAGGACGCGCACACGUCGGUGCACACGCUGCGGCAGGGCAAGCUGCUGACCCCGGAGCAGCAGGCCGACCCUCGCACCUACGCCGACUGCAUCCACUGGUGCCUCCCUGGCCUCCCCGACACCUGGAACCACUUCCUCUACGCCCACAUCGUCGCCCAUGCCGCCUAGCCCUUCCUUCCUUCCUGCAACUAAUCUCAUCUCAUUUAUUCUCCCUUGCUGCUAUGCAAUCUGUGAGUAGUUCUUUUUGUAUAAUCAGAAAAAAAAGGGAGGGAUUAGAAUCGGAAACAAACAAAGACGAAACACAAGAGUGUACAUCAAACGGCCUCUUGUCGCCUUUGGUGUCUGCCAUGCCGAAAGAACGAACGUGCCAAA